AUGCAGGUCUCCGAAGACCUGAUCAACUUCGACGUGAUUGAGGCGCAGAAGGAGAACGUUCAGUCUCUUCCAGGCGGAAGAUCUGCGAAAGCUUUGGCACAAAUAUUCUCUUCUGGCAGCAAUGGAGAUAAAUACAACACACCCUCACCAAACGACACUAGAACAUUGAACGACGCGAUCCGUCAAGAAUACGAGGCUGAAUUGCAAGCAAGCGCCGACUCGGAUGAUCCACUUGAUGCUUAUGAUCGAUAUGUUAAAUGGACAAUAAAUGCCUAUCCAUCGGCACAAGCCACAGCUGAAUCUGGUCUUUUGCCUUUACUGGAGCGAGCGACCAAGGCUUUUCUUAACUCUACACACUACAGAAACGACCCGAGAUAUCUGCGGUUAUGGCUUCAUUAUAUCAGACUGUUCUCAGAUGCACCACGCGAAACAUUUUCAUUUCUGGCCCGUCACCAUGUUGGGGAAGGCCUGGCGCUGUUUUACGAAGAAUUUGCUAGUUGGCUUGAAAGUGCCGGACGAUGGACUCAAGCGGAGGAGGUCUAUAAACUUGGUAUAGAGCGCGAAGCACGCCCUCAGGAGCGCUUGCUUCGAAGAUACAAUGAAUUUCAGUCACGAUUAGCACAACAACCCCAAGACAGCGACGGACCAUCCUCCCCCGCUCUUCCGACUGUGCGGCCCGCACUGGCAGCAAAGGUUGACCCAUUUGCAACCGCUCGUGUUCCGGUCGACCCUCAAGCACCUCAACCCAGGGCCACUAGCGGCCGCACAACUACCAAGUCCGGCAAACAGAAACUGGCAGUGUUUUCCGAUUCCGAUAAUCCAGAAUCCAAUCAACCACCAGUAAGCAGUUUAUCGAAAGGGUGGGAUAGUAUUGGAUCAAUUCGAGAUAGACGCAAGGAGAAUGAGAUGGAAGCCAAACCUUGGACUGGUGAAACAUUGAAGCAGGAGAAGAAGCAGGUACCGGUCCAGAAAAUGGCCGUUUUCAGGGAUGAGUCGAAAUCAAAUGUGCAAGCUGAAUCAAAUAUUCAACCCUUACGAAAGGAGACACCCCAACAUCACGUAAAAGAGGCCAUAAACCCCCGGACUGGUAGGAGAGAACGCGUUUUUGUGAAUUUAGAAGCCGUCUACCCGGACUACAAGAAUCCCAAUCAUGAGAUUUGUUUUGAAGAGCUUCGGGCCGCCAGCCGUGGAUGGUUGAAGAAAGACUGGUCAAAGCCGAAGAAACCGCUUAAGGAGAUUCAGACUAACGCUGCUGGACGAAGCUCUGGCCUUCCAGGUGGUAUGGAUGAUAUGACAGAUCGAUCGCUCGCCCAAGAUGUAAAGCAGAAGCUUGCUAUUGGGGAAGGAUCAUCACAAGGAGAUCACCGGGAGAGGCGGCUAUCUAAAGUCAAGAAGAUAAAGGUUAAGGAGGUUGGAGAAACACAAACUAUCAAAACGAAUCUGGAUUCCCCAACCGGGCCGAGGAUAAAGAAGAAGAAUAACUCGGAGCCAACCAUGACAUUCCAUACCCGGGCUGCCACGGAUGAGAUCUAUAGUAUAUUCAAUCAACCCUUGAAAACUGAAACAGAGCAUGCAGAUCACGGCGAUAGCUUCUUGGAUAGUGAAUACGAGGACGAUGAUUAUACAAGUGGCGCAGAAAGUACUGGCACUGGGAGGAUAUCCGCAGGGCAGAGCGAAUUCGACGAUGAUGAGACUAGAGGGGUCAAUGACGAAGAAGAGGAUGAAGGAGGUAGCGAACAUGACGGCGAAUGGACAGAGUUCACUGCCAGCAAGCAUCUUCCCAAUGUCUCUUCUGCAGAACACGGUUUUGAAGAGAACGUUGACGAACAAGACCUGAGGACCAAAUACAUCCCUGAAAUACCAGACGACUAUAAUCCACCUGUCGGUCCAUACCGGGAUGCCGCGAUUAUGGCUCAGAAUCGACUUCCUUUCAUGACGCCUAUCAUUGAGAAAACGGAGUCUUCUUUGCCUUCCUUUACGGCUGGACGGAACCGACACUACGAGACCAAGACGCCAUGCAAGACCGUUCCUGAAGUUGAUUUUACACCAUCUGGAGCUGCAACUGAAAAUUUGUUGCUUGCUACUCCAGACCCAGAUGCAGUGACCGUUAAUGUCGGAGAUGCUCAGUCACCCAGCCUUGGGGUGAAGACAUUACGACGGACCCCUGUCAAGAAAGUUGCGCCAUUUACAAUCACCAACACUGAUUGCAUAAUCAAGGAUGCUCAAUGCGAUCCAAGUGAUAGGGCAAUCCGCAGCAAAAUCCUCAAGAUGACCGAACCACCUCUCACUUCUUUUUCUGGGUACUAUGAUCAUUCCUCGACCUUCGGGGCACACGCAGCAGAUAUCAUGAAAUAUUCUAAAUCUAUGAAAAAGCCGGCAAAGGGUGGUGAGAGACUACUAUCCACUCCUCCAGUACUAAGUUUCCCAGGUAGCAGGAGAACUUAUGCGAUCAGGCGCGAACUUGGCGCCGGUGCAUAUGCCCCAGUUUAUCUUGCCGAAAGCAUGGAAGAUAUCAAUUCGUACCUGUUUGACAGUGAAACCGAGAGAAACAGCAAGGUUGCUCUCAAAACAAUGCGGGAUCAGAAAGUACAGCGACAUGGCCUUGAAGCCAUCAAACUCGAAACGGAUCCUCCAAGUGCAUGGGAAUUUUAUAUGAUCAAAUUAACGCACGAUCGUAUUCGUGCUUCCUCAGACCACCGUCGCGCAUCAGAAAGUAUUGUGAGAGCUCAUGAGCUUCAUCUAUUCAGGGACGAGUCCUUCUUGGUAGAAGAUUACCAGGGACAGGGCACACUGUUAGAUUUAGUCAAUAUCAUAAGGACGGAGGCUAUUACGAAUACUGGGAAUUCAGAGGCUGGCAUGGACGAGGCACUUGCUAUGUUUUUCUCUGUGGAAUUGUUCCGUACAGUCGAAGCUCUCCAUACUUGUGGCAUACUUCAUGGAGACAUCAAGCCGGAUAAUUGUCUAGUUCGCUUCGAAGACAAGAAGAGCAGGUCGUCAUUCCCUUCGCCUCCAAGUGAAUCUCUGCUUGAUCUUGCAGAUGAAGAUGCCAUAGCCGAUCCCAGUGAGGUCCACUACUCGGCACGGGGACUUUGUGGCUGGAGAGAGAAAGGUCUAACGCUCAUUGAUUUCGGUCGAGGAGUUGAUAUGAAAGCUUUCCGUCCAGACGUUCAGUUCAUAGCGGAGUGGGAAAUGAGCCAGCAUGACUGCAAUGAAGUGCGCGAAAUGCGACCCUGGACAUACCAGAUCGAUCUGUAUGGAGUUGCAUGCACGAUUCAUGCUAUGCUUUUCGGCAAAUACCUUGAAUCAGUCCCAAUCAAUAAUACACGAAAUUCUGGUGGACGUGAUUCAUUGAACAGUGGAGCUGCCAACGCCGAGGGAGAUUCAGGGGUUAAGCGCUAUCGUAUCCGAGAAUCCCUGAAGCGAUACUGGGACCGAGAAAUAUGGACCGACGUUUUCGAUCUGUUGCUCAAUCCAUGUACAGAACGGUGGGCACGCAUGGAGCGAGAAGAUCCCUCCGGAGCAGAAUCUGCGACAUCUUUACCUGUCCUGAAAUCCUUGAAAUACGUCCGCGAGAAAAUGGAAGCCUGGCUCGCAAUCAAUGCAGAGAAAAAGAACCUAUCGCUGCAAAUUCGAAAAUUGGAGGCACAUUUAUCGCGAAGGAGGGAGAGGCUGGAAAAAGAGCGGUAG